AUGUCUGGGCGUCUCUCUUCCGAUCGCUCGCGUUCCUUUUCGCAAUCCUCGCUGUCUCUCCCUCAACGACAGUCUCAAGGACCGGAUUCCGAAACAAUGCAUCAUCGCUCUCCCUCCGAUCGCUCCUCGAACGUCAAUGUCUUUUCGGAUGAAUACUCGCUGGAACCGAUUGACUCUGAACAGUCUACCCUCACUCCGCGCAGCCCCUCAAUUUCCUCCACCGUUUCAUCUCACACGCUUCGCUCGGCUGCCCUUCCCCAUCAGAAAACAUACAACACCGUGCCCAUUGACCCUCCAGAUGUGACCGAGGAUCCGUUUGGCGACGAUGCUAGGGUCUCCUUCGAUGACACUCCCCAUCGAUCAAGUUUACCCCAGAAAGGGGGAUUGGAUUUUUCUAACCGCCACUCGACUGCUUCCAACAACACAGAUGCCUCCGUGGCUCAGCGCAGUCAAAGUACAUCCUCGCGAUUCUCCUUACCAACUCGCGCGAUGAGUCCUUACACCGGAGCGACUGGUCCCAGUCACCCAUAUGCGAUGUAUCCGCAAGUCGGUGUCAGCCGAUCGCCCAGCAUUGCUACUACAUCGACUGUACGACCGAUGGAGCGACCGUUGGGCGAUUCAAACGCGCCGCAACACCCAUAUGCCAUGUAUUCGCAGGCUGUUGUGCCGGAGGAAGGAUUGGAUACUCCCAUUCAUAAUCCGGUGAUCCCGCUCGGGUUUCCCGGACACGAGCAAGCCUAUCAGCGACCCCCUGGCCGUGCUGAUGACGAUGUUGGAGAUCUCAUAGGGCCUGAUGGCCAUACUGAGCAGCUUCCUCCUUAUUCACGGUACCCUGACGGGGUCCUACCGAAGGAGGAAGAGACGUCGGAUUCUGGAGUUGGUGCUGGCAUCAUCACAGAAGAAAUAGCGCAUAGUACGUCGCGGGAGCCCCCCGUCUCAGAGACUUCGUCUAGGACUUUAGUAGUGGCGGGGAAUGCGGGAAACUCGGUGAAUGGGAAUGGAAACCCUCCUGAGGAACAUGAGGAGCCGCCCGCUACGGGCGUUAUGGCGUUUGAGGAAAAGUUGAAAAGCAAAGGCAAGAAGAGGGUGUGCUGCGGAUUACCGGUCUGGACGCUGGUUCUUAUCAGCAUCGUUAUCUUCGUGGUAGCGUGCAUUGCAGGUGUCAUUGGGGGCGUUCUUGGGGCGAAAAAGGCGGCGAGCGAGGAGAGCUCGAAAGCCAAAGGUCCUGACAUCGUCACAGUGACAGCUACGCCCAGGGCGGAUGCGACGCCCAUCUCAUCCAUGCCGGCGAAUGUGUCGCCUGUGCCGACAGGCGAGUUCGUCAUUCCGGCCAGUCCCAAGAACCAGUCGAAAUUUUGCAUUGCUGAGUCGGGUUACACGGCAUCAUGGGGCUGCAUGGGCCGCAGCAAAAUCCCGAUCCUACUUCAGGGAGAGGACGGUCAUCGACACAAUAUCACUUUCGAACAGCGACCCCUGAGCUCUUCAUUUUCCUAUGGUGCCCAGGCACCGAUUCUGCCCCAGACCCAGCAACUGACCCCGGCCUAUGAUUCGGGCGACAUGGCCCUAGGCCCUGCCCUUACUUUCUUCACCUUGUUUGACAAGCUGGUGAUUGUCCCCCAGGGGACCUUCUCUUCGAAUGAUGCAUCGAAGCGCUCCGUCUCGGAGCGGGACGUGAUGGCUGAAUCUUUCCACCGCAAACAGGCAGUGCAAGCAGGCGAUCGACCGUGGUUUUGUUGGUGGAAUGGCACCAUGAUGGAAUUUUUUUUGUACACGAAUCAGACAUCCAAGCAUGCUCGGCAGAGCUCGACAACUUCAUCCGCACCAACCGAAACGCCUCCGCCUCAGAAUGGGAAGAGAGGCCUGACAUCUCUUGAUUCCUUAUAUGACUAUCCCCGCCGGAUCAAAAUCGAGGAGAAGCGAAACCACCCUGGCUCCCGAGCGCCCUACUGCCAGCAGAUGCAGGUGUUGGAGGACGGAUCGAUAGCAACGGCUUCCCCGAGACAAUUGCGAUCAAAGAAGUAG